GAUGCCCCUCCCUGCAGGUAGCUGUGGUUUCUGAUUGUGUAGUCACCUGCUAUAUAAGGCCCUUUACACACCUGCUCUAAUCCUCUGCUGGGAUCCACCUUCUGUGGGGAGUCUCCAGGACAGACUCUGAAGGCUUAGAGCUGUACAGCCACAGUCCUUGUCCUUGUGAGACACCAGAUCCAGCACCAUGAAAGGCAUCCUCCUUACCUGUAUCAUCGCGGCACUUGUGGUAACAGCUGUAGAAUCCCUGAGUUGUGUGCAGUGUAAUUCAUUGACAAACUCCUGUGUCAACAGCAGCAUCACUGGGUGUCCCUCAAGUGCCAAUGUCAGCUGUACCAGUUUCUUGGCCAGCUCUUCUCUAGCGGCAGCCAUUGCAUUAUAUCAGGAUAAGGCCUGCUCUGCAGAGAACUGCAGGGAAGGAAGAGACAUGGUUGAAGCUUUCACUGUCCACGUGUCUGGUGAAGAACGUUUUCACUUUACAAGCCAGUGUUGCCAAGGGAAGGAGUGUAAUGACACCAGUGAUGCUCUAGCUCCUCUACAGGAAGAUGUGUCCAACAACACAGAGUGUCUUGCAUGUUAUGGAUCUAAUGAAACUUCCUGUAGUGUGAAAUCCAGGAAAUGUUAUAAAGAAGAACGGUGUGUUAGUCUUGUUGCAGAAUUUAAGACUGAGUCUAAGACGCUUGUGCUGAAAGGCUGUUCCAACAUCAGUAACUCCACCUGUCAGUUCCUAUCUUCUGAGAACCGGACAAUUGGAGGAGUCAUCUUCCGAAAGUUUGAGUGUGUAGACAGUGCCAACACCUCCUCAACCGCCAUUCCCAAUGCAACCUUGACCACCCCUCCUGUUGGCAGCUCCUCAACACCCAUCUCCAAUGAGCCCACCACCCCAGAUAUGGGGUCCAAAGUCUCUUUCACCCCUGCAGCCUUUGCCAGCCUCCUUCUGCUGAGGCUGCUACUCUGAGAUUCAACUGCAGCCCUCAAAUGCCUCACCCUUCCCCUGUUAACUGCUCAGUAAAUAGCAGUCACAGCCUUCCAUGCAAAGCCCUGUGACAGCCACAUUUUUCUCCAUUAUUAAAGCAUUGGUACACUGGCUGGCCAAAUCUGUCCUGAUGUGCUCUGGGAUGGGCUUCCUUUCAGCUGCUGUCCAGCACUACAACCCAGUUUCUUGCAUUUAAAACCUGUGCACCUUAGUGUGUGGGCUCCCAGGACCUCCCUAAUCUGCUCAUCUUGCUUCUGAGAAACAGACCCUUUCACCUUAUUAGCAUUUUCUGCCUAAAGCCCCGCACUUCUGGGGACUGACAUGUCACCAUCCCCACCUGCACACAGUCAUGCCUGUAAUGCCCUGUGUUAACCCUAGGACUGAUAUCUGGCUCUUCAGUUAUGGUCCUUGAUAUGGUCACAGGCCCACAGUGACAUUGUCCACAGGGCCCAAAGAGGGGUGCAGAGGAGAUGCUGAAGCAUGGCAGACUCCCCUGCCUAACCUCACAGGCAGAGACAUAAUGCUGUUGGUGCUCCAGGUGACCAGAUGUUUCAUAGCCUUCACAGAAUGGAAUGUAGCUACGGAGCCCCAGUCCCUCUUCUUGAGAACCUACAAUGAAAGACAGAGUUUUUGACUCCAUAUCAGAUACCCAAGGAACAAGAAAUGUAUUCAAUCCAAUAGACACAGAAGUCCAAGUUUAAUAAAUAAGGUGGGUCUUGAAAUGGACUUGGAAGAAUGGAGUUUUCUGUAAUAAAAUUUUUUUGAAGGUGUAUAAACCAAUGUGGGUCUUGAUUGUCCAGGCUUGAUGACAAUGUAUCAAGAGCAAAGCUACCAUAUGGCAGUAGUUCAUCACCACAUUCUUAUUCGUGUAUUUAUUAUUUUUUUUUAUUUUGAGAUAACUUUAGACUUACCAAAAAGUUGUAAAACAACACAGAGAAUUCUAGCACUCCCUUCAUCCACCUUCCUCUUAUGUUUACAUCUUACAUAACAUGCUACAAUUACUGAAAUUAGGAAGUUAGCAUUAACACAAUAUUGCUAAGUAAUAGACCUUUGCAUUUCACCAAUUUUCACUAAUGUCCUUUUUUCUGGCCCAGGAUCCAAUUCUUUGCAUUUAAUUGCUAUGUCUCCUCAGGCUCCUACACACUGUGACAGUUCUGGAGUUUUUCCUUUACUGGAAAGUUAUUUUUCAUAAUGUCUUUCAAUUUAAACUUGCCUGAAGUUUUCUCAUCAUAAGAUUGAAGUUACACAUUUUUGGCAAGAAUGCCACAGAAAUAUUGUGUCUUUCUCAGUUCAUCUUAUUGGGAGGUAUAUGAUGUUGAUGUGUUGUAUCACAGUUGGUGUUAACCUUAAUUGCUUGGUUGAGAUAGUAUCUGCCAGAUUUCUUCCCUUUGCCAUUAAUAAUAGGCUAAAUUGUGCUGCUAUAACAAACAGGUCUUAGUCAAAAAUAUAUUUAAUACAAAGGAAUUUAAUAACCACAGUUUGUUUCUCAGUUACUUAAACUUGUACAGAUGUUUCUGACUAGGCAGAUGUCCUGGGAAGCUAUCCUCUGAGAGUGAGGAAGAACCCAGGCUACUUUUACCCCAUGGUUCCCCCAUGGAACUUCUUGGGCUCUCAGUUAAGUGUUCUGCAUCUAUCUGGCUUACAAGUUAAGAAAGAGAGAGAGCGAGCUUAGAGAGCCACACAGUAUGCUCCAGGGGCCAAACCUGGCAGUUGCAUCCAACACUUAUGCUCAUAAUAUUGGCCAGAAGUAAAUCACAUGUCAUGAGAGGAAGUAGUUUAUCCACAGGCACCUCAAAGUCUCUGUCUCAGAGGCAGUAUGACUCAAUGAUAAAGGAUAUGGUCUAUAGAACCAGAGUAUGGCUUCAGAUUUCAGCCCUAGAACACUGAGCAACAGAUCUCACCUUUCUGUGCCUCAGUUUCCUACCUGAACUGCAGGGAUAGUGAUAAUGCCUGUCACAUUGGUUUGUGAGAGCUGCCAACAUAGUUCAUCUUGGCAAUGAGUAAAUAUUAGACAUUAAUAAUUUUUUAAACAUUUAUUCACUUUUUUGAGAGAGAGAGAGAAAGAGCAUGAAUGGGGAGGGGCAGAGAGAGAAAGGGAGACACAGAAUCCGAAGCAGGCUCCAGGCUCUGAACUGAUAACAUAGAUCCUGACGUGGGGCUCAAACUCAUGGACCAUGAGAUCAUGACCUGAACCAAAGUCGGAUGUUUAACCAACUGAGCCACCCAGGUGCCCCUAUUAGACAUUAAUAAGUGAAUCUAGUUUGAAAGUGGCUCUUCCAUAUGCUCUAGGGAGAGAGGGGACAAUCACAAAUGGUGAUGUAGAAGGCACAUACCUGGCCCACUUCCCUCAAAGCAUGCUGACCUCACUACCUCCAUGUCUCAGGAUUCCCUCUCUCAUCUCACCCCCUCCCCACACACUUCAUGGCUGCUGACACCAUGGCCCCAUGGACUGUAAGAAGGCUCAUCUGCAUCCCCCUAUGGCUGUCUAAUCCAGGCAGCCAAGGACACCACCAGAGCUGAUCUGCUCUUAGAACCUCCUGGAAUUCCCCAUGCUCAGCAUUGAUGUGAGGAAGCAGUGGUAUUUUUGGUGAAGUAUAAAGUGUCACACAGGAAUGGAAACCAGGAUGCUGAGAAUUGGGGAGGUGGCUGGAGGGUGAGAGGGCCAGAUUGCAGGAGGUCUCUGCAUGUUGCAAAGACUCUGGCAUUAGACAAAGGCUGUGUGGAGCCAUAGCAUGAGCACAUGAAUAGGAGUGGGGUUAGGUUUCCAUUCUGGGAGGCUCUCCCAGACCUCAGGGUCAUGUGGAAAGACAGCAAAAA